AUGCGGCGUCUUCCUUCUCCUUCCAAGGCCACGUGCUUGAGCGAAGCGAAGUUGUUGAAGAAGUUGCAGCAUCGAGUUGCUGCGAGAUCCAGAGAUUUGACACCCCUCGCUGGAUCGGCAUGCACGAAGACGGGAACUCUUAGUGAGUGCUCUUUCAGCACCAGGAAUUCCCUUUCUGCCAAAUCAUCGCGAUUUCCAGCCUCAAGAUGUUCUGGUCCUCCAACUGGCGUCAGCGCGGCUUUUCUGGUGUCGUGCCUCGUUGACAUCAGCCCCACAAGGGAUUCUGCACAAACGACGCGGGCAACAGCUGCAGCCCUGAGACUUAAGCGUGAGAAGGAGCACGAAUCAGUGCAUAGCGCUGUGGAGUUGGCAGAGAGGCAGGAGGUACAUCCGCUCACAGGCGGAGACAUGGCAGGGCCUUGCUCUACGCACGUCGUGCAUGCAUGGGAUGCGAGCUUUCCAGAGCUCGUAGACUGCUUGGUGCGCGACGCAGGGUCCGACCUGGACAGGCGAUACAGCGUGGACAUCUUCGGAGCUGAGCACUUGUCAGGAAACACUGAAGAUGUUCCAGAAAGUGCCCCAGCACGGAACCAUCAGGCGUCUCAGAUGUCGCAAGGGGGAAGGAUGGACGAUCCAGUUGCAACUGUGCAGGCUCUUGUGCAGGGCGCCAAAGAAGUGCUACUGGUAUUGGACAAAGAGCUAACUUGUUUUUCCAGGCUUUGGGUUUUGACUGAAGCCAUGAUGGCCACAGCUGCCAACAAGCUUCGAAUCUGUACGGCCGACCCACGGGGCUAUGGGAGCUCCAUGGAGGAUAUUUUGAGGUGGGAGUCGCGUAUUGAUGCCAUCGAUUGGUCAUUGGCUGAGGCCAGCCGCAAGAGUGAUGAACGGCGCAUUCGAAGCUUCAGCGAACGCGUGUGGGAUCUGCACGGCAUCGGAAACGAAAGGUUGUUGGCACAGCUCAAAGUGCUCCUGAGGAAGGAGGUAAACGGCCAACUGCUCAUCAAGGCUGUCGAGGCGGGUGACUCCAAGGCCAUUGAUGCCGCGCUGGACAGAGGGGCUUCGCUGGAGCAACGUGACGCAGACGGCAAUACCUUGGAAGACCUGGCCUGCUUCUACAAUCACCAGGACAUUGAGGAGAUGCUUUUCGAAAGGCGCAUGCGAGGCAAGGCCCACCAGCCGCUUUCAAUGUUUUUCCGUCCAGAAGAUCUGAUGGAAAACUGCGCUGAAGCCCUCCCAGAAGUUCUCCUGCCGUUCAUGACCCAGCCCAACGACGGCCACCGGGCUCAGCUUACAAUGCGACCCUCAGAUGGGAGUUUCCGAAAAUAG